CAGGCUAGGCAAAUUGAAAGUGAGCAAUCAUGAAUCAUCACAGACAGAAAGAAGCUUGCUUAAACGUUAGUCCUUAUUCAUUCGUCUAUUAGCUGACAACCGUUCAUGAAAAAGUUCUGCAUGAUUCAGAUGUAUCCGUCAUCAUAACGCCUCUCUCAGCUGAAUUAAUUGAUAAGCCAGCAAGAUAACAAUCAAUAAUUAUAACGUUAGAUACAUUUCACAUUUGUUGAAAGAUGGCUGAUGCAGAUUUCGGGUUUGCAUCUGACAACGGAGUGCUGCCUGUCGAGGUGGACCCAGCUGCAGCUUUCUUAGCUCAGCAAGAAAGCGAAAUAGCGGUGAUAGAGAAUAACGAGUCCGGAGUCGGGGCUUUGCAGGGGUCCGCUGAGCAGCAGCCGGGGGCCGAUUCACCUGUACAAUAUGAUGCAGGGUUUGCAGAGGCAUCAACAGCCACGGUAAACGGAGACAUGUUUGAGCUGGAGUCCAACGGUCCAUCGGACAGCUAUGCCGCCAUCGCCCAGGUGGACUCUCUGAGAGCAGAGCCUGAGAGCCUGCGUAAGUGGAGGGAGGAGCAGAAGGCACGGCUGGAGCAACUAGACUCUGCGUCCAAGGCAGCGGAGGCUGAGUGGAAAGAGAAGGCCAAGAAAGAGCUGGAGGACUGGCAUGUGCAUCAGAUUGAACAGAUGGAGAAGAAAAAGUCCAACAACAGGCUUGGUGAUGAGACUUACUACCAUCAGCCCAACUCUCAAGUGAUAAACUUUGUGGCAUCUAAAGAGGCCUUCCUGUCUGACGGCGACAGCCCAGGGACGGAGUGGGAGAGAGUGGCCUGUCUCUGUGACUUCAACCCCAAGACCACCAGGACGGCCAAGGACGUGUCCCGGAUGCGCUCGGUCCUCAUAGCCCUCAAACAGACACCUCUGGUGCGCUAGUACGUCCAAUAGAACAGAAGGGUGGUGAUAUUUCCCUCCUUUUUAAUUUUUUUUUUUUAAACGCCUACUCUUGAGUUAUGAACCUUGGUUUGCAUUAAGGCAGAAUGUUCUAGGCUCUUUUCAUAUCUACUCUUGGUUCAGGGUUCUUUAUAUGUUCAGACCCUCCUGUUUUCUGUCAUGUCUGUAACAUGUGGAGAGGAAAGGUAUUGUCCCUCCCGCCAUCUUUCCUUAUUCUGAUGUAAUGCACCCAGUGUAUGUGAUAUACCUCACAACCUUAACAUGGACCGACUGACUGCUCUCUUGUCUUUUAAACUUCCCAUCAACAAUGCUUCUAUUUGACCUCUUAACUGAAAAUAUGGUUACUGUAAAUUCUUUAUUAAACUUCUUCCCUCUCAUAAAAGGGAGGGGAGGGGCAUUGGGUCAAA